ACCUUGGAAUUACCUCUGCAUUCUGUUGUCGAUGAAAAGUGUUCAGUCGAGACCGAGCUCAUCCGCGAGUUAGUUGAUUUUUUCUCAUCCAACAAAGCAAAAAUGGCCGAUGUACCAAAGCGUGAAGUUGAAAAUAUCGAAUUCGUUUUCGAAGUUAUGGGCUCUCCGACUGAGGGUAUCGACGCCGUUGAUCUUGGCGACGCUUUGCGUUCUCUCAACUUGAAUCCUACUUUGGCUUUCAUUGAGAAACUGGGCGGUACUAAAAGACGUCACGAGAAAAAAAUUAAAUUGGAAGAAUUCCUUCCAAUUUACUCGCAAGUAAAGAAAGAAAAGGAGCAGGGAUGUUAUGAAGAUUUCGUUGAAUGUUUGAAAUUGUACGAUAAACAAGAAGACGGUACUAUGCUCUUGGCCGAAUUGCAACACGCUUUGUUAUCGUUGGGUGAAAACUUGGAAGAUGAACAGGUUGAAGAAUUGUUUGCCGAUUGCAUGGAUCCUGAAGAUGAUGAAGGCAUGAUUCCCUAUUCCCAAUUUGUCCAAAGACUUAUGAGUGAUCCAAUUGUGUUCGACUAAAGCGCAUUUCUUGCCAGAAUGUGUGACAGACCCGAUCAACUAAAAUAAAAUAAAAAAAAAAAAA